AUUGCACAUUUUAGUAAAAAUAUAUUAUUAGCAUACACAUAACUAACAUAUCUUACAUCGUUUGAUCACAUGUGUAACGAUGUCUGAUAGCGAGUUGAUGAUAUCCCAGGGCAGCCAGUGCUCAAUGUCUGACUCCUCUUUCCUGGGUCUGGGUGAAUUAUCGGAGCCGCUUAGGACAACAGUAGUCCGCAACACACACACAUAUUCAAUUUUACCACCGGUUUCUUCUGGAGAAACUGGAUAUGUCUAUCGGUCGCCUACACUCCGUCAAACAUCUAAUGCACUGACUAUUGAGGGGUACUAUGCUCAGGAAAGCGAUAUAUUGCGCGAUCUGUCGCCCGAAAGGGAGGCUAAAGACCCUCGCUUUCAGGGAACAACAAAAUCAAAGCUUUCUAUACUGACUGAGAAAUUACAAGGGUUUGAACGUCAGAUGGAGUUUCACGCUAAGCAGCGUAGGAUGCACGAGGAACAGCGAUUUCUAAAAAUAAGUGAAUCUCUAUGCAACCUUGAUGAAUCGAUAACCCAGGAGUCCAAGCGACGUUUGGAAACUAUCAAGGCACUCCAUGGUGUAUUCGACAGCAAAAUAGUAUCGGUGCAAACUAAUAUAGAGAAUUUGUUCAACGACAAGUUUGACCGUUUGGAAAGCGUGAUGAAGUCACUCACGGAACGUAUCGAUGCCAUUAGCAACCAGAGUGAGGAUAACGAAAAGAUUUUACAAGACAACCUUGAGAACAACUGUGUUGCAUUGGAAAAGAAUUUGGCCACCGUACAGAAACUCUUCGAAUCUGAGAAACUGGCUCGCCAAGAACGCGAGGAGCAUAUAAUGAAGAGGAUGACAGAACUUGAAAUGCAAACUGCAAAUGCCGUUGGGAAGGAGAUGCAGAACGUAGAAAAGCAAUACCAGGACUUUAAAACCGAAUUGGAUGGACUUAAGCGUCAAAGUGAGUCUCGUGAAAAGGAAAUCAAGGAGAAGGUACUCAACAAACUAGCUUCCCUGAGCAAUGAAUUAACUGCCGAGGCCUGUGCCCGUGAAAAUGCAGACAACAUCAUGACCCAGGCCCUACAUUGCUAUAUGAAAGUUAUCGCAGACGUUUCAAAGUUGCCAUACAGCGAAUAAAGCGUCAC